AUGGUGCUAACAUAUUGCCGGCAUUGUAUCAUCGCAUCCACAGAUCAAAAGCAGAACGACCCUGAGAAAUCUCCACAACAUAAAGUAGAUAUGCAGGAAACAUUUGCCAACAGCCAACUUCACGAGGCCUGCAGGAAGGGGGACCUGGACCGAGUGAGACACAUCCUGUCCCAGGGUUUGGUCGACAUCAACAGCAGAGACAAGAAGCACGGACGAACAGCACUCAUGGUAGCAGCACAGACGGGUCAUUGCAGAGUAUCAGACUUUCAUAUCAGUAAAGGGGCUACUAUAUCAGAUCUGGAUAAGGCCUGUAAGAACGUCCUACACUGGGCAUGCAAGGGUGGACAUGUGGGUAUGGUGAAGCGUGUACUCCCACAAUACCGUUAUGGUAAACGUGGGAGAUGUCCCACUCUUUUACAGGCUGCAAUGAGGGGACACAGAGACGUGUUUGAGUUUCUCGUGUGUACGGGAAGGAGUGUGUCAGAAGUUGAUGGGGUCGGCAGCAACGUCCUGCACUAUGCCUGCAGGGGCGGACAAUUGGCUAUGGUGAAGUAUCUGGUUUCACAAGGCAGUGUUGAUAUUAACAGUAGUAAUAGAGACAGAAUUACCGCCUUGAUGAUGGCUGCAUUAAGAGGAAAAACAGAUGUUAUCAAGUUCCUCAUAAGCAUGGGAGCUAAUGUGUCACAUGUGGAUAUUAUGGGCAACAACGUCCUGACUUUGGCCAUCAUCAAAACACACUUGGCUGUGGUGAAGUAUCUAGUUUCACAAAGCAGUGUUGAUAUUAACGGUGUGCGUAGAAGCGGAAGGACUCCCCUGAUGACGGCUGUAUCAUCCGGAGACAAAGACGUUUUUGACUUCCUCGUGAAAAAAGGGAGCUAA